AUGACUGCGGAGGAACGUGAUAUGGCUGAGGACGUUGCUGACAUGACUGACGAUGUCCCUGAGCUGGCUGCGGAGGCACCUGAGAUGCGUGCGGACGUACAGGGUGCUGAUGGUGGUGAGGGGUCAGAUGCUGAUGAUGCUGCUGAGGGAUUCCCUUGUGGGCUACGUGACCCGUCAGUGCUCACAUCAUUUGUUGAGCAUGUUGCACAUGCUAUCUAUGAGCACUUCCCUAGUGUGCACCAGUGCGUGACAGACGAUACAUACCAGGAGACGUCCCCACGUGCUUCUCGGUGGUUGACGUCGAAGGCGCACAUGAAGGAAAUCACAGAAACACCUUACAGGGCACGUUGUGAUGGUUUGACCGUCACAGAUGUGUCCUGGUUGCCGUACACGGAGCAUCGGGGGGUUAGGGCCUUUCAGGAGAUUUCAUCUUUCCAGGGUCAGCUAAGAUGGGGUCCUAUGGUGGUCACAGCUCGACCGGAGAGGGUGGUACGCCAGUUUGGUUACAUCCAGAGCAUCCCUCCGCCGCCUGUUAGUGCACGAUUGUCACACGAUCAGAUAGAUGACAGGUGGAUGCAGUUUGCGGAGUACUUACUACCUGCGGGUCAGUUUUGUCUAGUGCCUGGGCAGGUAUCUAUGAAUUACAUGGAGUGGUUUUUCCACAUAUCUCACCCAUUCAUGAUACCGACCCAGGCAGGUGACCAGCCGAGAGAUGCACCAGCUGCAGACCCUGAGGACUACAUACAGCCGCCCAGCCCCCAGGUUCCAGUAGCAUUUGACCCCCCUCCACAUGUGGAUGAUUACGACAGAUAUGAGGCGAUUGCACUGAGGUUGAAGCGUGUGCUCAACCUUAGGAUAGUCACUGCAGGCACAGAGUUAUAUGAUAUUAUGCAGGACUGCCUGAUGAUCGCGAGAGGGGAACCCAGUGCUGAUGGGACUGUCAGGGCUCGUCAGAGACGCCGCACGGACCAUUGAUCAUUGUAUUUAUUUUUUGUGUUGUA